AUGUUCUACUCGGAGACGCUCCUCCAGAAGACCGGGCCGCUCGCCCGUGUCUGGCUGUCGGCCAACCUCGAGCGCAAGCUCUCCAAGAAUCACAUCCUGCAAUCCAAUGUCACGGACAGCGUCGAGGCCAUCAUUACGCCGAACCAGGCGCCCAUGGCCCUGCGUCUCAGCGGCCAGCUUCUGCUGGGUGUGGUCAGGAUAUACCAGCGCAAAACGCGAUACUUGCUGGACGAUUGUAACGAGGCGAUGAUGAAGAUUAAAAUGGCUUUUCGAUCAAGUGGUAACAACGAUCUGGCCGCCAAUCUGCAAGUCACCAACCGCGAGGCUCUGCUUCUGCCCGAUCGCAUCACCCCAUACGACAACCUCGAGCUCCCUCCGCCCCCGGAUGCGUCAUGGCUCCUUUCGCAGGUUGAAGAUGUGUCGUCCACGCAGGUCGGUAGGAAGGGCCGCGUGAGCAACACUCGAGACAUUAACCUGCAGGAAGACUUCGACAACAGCCAGUAUCUCCAGAGCGGCAUGACGAUGGAUGAGGACGCGCUCGCGCCCAUGGACGAUCUUGAGCUCGAGCUCGACUUUGGCAUUGACAUGGAUGGUGGCCCAAGCGAGGGCGCUGGUCCUGACGACACCACCAUGGCCAUGGACGGCGGCGUGAGGAUCGCAGAUGACGAGGGCGACAUCCAGAUGGGAGACGACGACUUCCAGUUCAACCCCGACGAUCAAUCUGCCGUGCCUGGCAUGGCUGCUCUCGACAUCAACCGAGAGAGAAUCUCGGAGUCUCCUCUCUCAGACAUUGAUGAUCAGUUUGCCAAGGAGAUCGAGGAGGAGUACUCCCGCCACGGCCACACCGAUCUCUACGAGCCCCAAGAAGACGCGGAAGACUCCCCUGUCAAGCGACCUGCACAGCGCCCCAGGAAGCAGCGCCUCAUGAUGCCAGAUGAUGAAAUCGUGCUGUCCAGCACUCACAUCAAGCAGCAGCAGGCCCACAGGGACAACAUCACCAAGCCCACCGCAUUCCUCCCUCGUGAUCCUCUGCUCCUCGCUCUUGUGGAAAUGCAAAAGAACGGUGGCUUCGUCUCAUCCGUCAUGAUGGACGGCAGAAGCCAGGGAUGGGCACCCGAGCUCCGCGGCAUGCUGUCAUUGGACAUGGUGCGUGGCGCCAAUGAGCUGAAGCGCAAGCGCGACAGCGGUGUCGCCGAUGUGGAGAGCGAGUUGGGUGGAGUCAAGUCCCCUCGUCUCGAGCUGGGAGACGACACCGACUUCACCAUUGACGGAAACGCCUUUGGCAACGGGAGCGUGGCCGCCGAUGGCACCAUUGUGGAGAUUCCCGCCGACCAAAGCGCGGCUCACUUUGACGAGGAUCAUGCGGACGGAGAGGGAAGCACCCUGAUGCCCGCAUUCGAAGACACGACGAUGCCGCUCGUCCACCCCGCCGACAGUGGCCCCGUCUCUGUUGGCACCAGACACGCCGUGCAUAUUCUGCGAGACCUGUUUGGCUCCGAGGCGGCCCAUGAUGCCGACAAGAGGAAGAAGUCGGCGGUCGUCUUCCAGAGCCUGCUGCCUGAGAAGGAAACCACCAAAGCCGAAGCGACAAAGAUGUUCUUCGAGUGCCUGGUGCUCGCAACCAAGGACGCCAUCAAGGUCGAGCAGGGCUCAGGCCUGGGCGACCCCAUCAAGAUCCGGGGCAAGCGUGGCCUCUGGGGUGCUUGGGCUGAGCGAGAAGCCGGCGGCGAAAUUUCGAACCAAGAUGAACCCGAGCCCGUUGCUCCCGCGAGUGUUGCGGCGGUUUCUGUCGGAGCAUGA